AUGUCUACUGUACAAUCUUCUGUCGGAAGUGAUACAGAUAUUCAGAACGCUUCUAAUGCCGAUGUUCAUAUCGCACCACGUGUGGAAAAAGAGUGGUCUGAUGAGUUUGAUGACAACGAAGUUUUAAAUGGGGAUACAAUAGAGCCUCCAAAGAGGGGCCUUCUAGGUUACCUCGUCAUCUAUUUACUCUGUUAUCCUAUAUCCUUUGGAGGUUUCCUACCUGGUUGGGAUAGUGGUAUUACAGCAGGUUUCAUCAACAUGGACAACUUCAAAAUGAACUUUGGAUCCUACAAGCACAGUACUGGAGAGUACUACUUAAGCAAUGUUCGUAUGGGUCUUUUGGUCGCCAUGUUUAGUGUCGGAUGUGCUAUAGGGGGUGUCUCUUUCGCCCGUUUUGCCGAUAAGUUAGGCAGAAGGCUAGCAAUUGUGAUUGUGGUAUUGGUAUAUAUGGUUGGUGCCAUUAUUCAGAUCAGUUCAAACCAUAAAUGGUACCAAUACUUUGUCGGUAAGAUCAUUUACGGUCUCGGUGCUGGUGGUUGUUCGGUGUUGUGUCCAAUGCUUUUGUCGGAAAUAGCACCCAAGGACCUGAGAGGUGGGCUUAUUUCAUUGUACCAACUGAACAUGACCUUUGGUAUUUUCUUAGGUUAUUGUAGUGUUUAUGGAACAAGGAAAUAUGACAACACUGCACAAUGGAGAGUGCCUCUUGGGCUUUGCUUUUUGUGGGCCCUGAUUAUCAUCAUUGGUAUGCUAUUGGUCCCAGAAUCACCCAGGUAUUUGAUCGAGUGUGAAAGACAUGAGGAUGCAUGUAUUUCGAUUGCAAAGAUUAACAAGGUUUCACCAGAGGAUCCAUGGGUACAGAGACAGGUUGAAGAAAUCAACGUCGGGGUGCUCGCCCAAAAGGAACUAGGAGAAGCAUCAUGGAAGGAACUUUUCUCAAUUAAAACAAAGGUUCUUCAACGUUUGAUUACAGGGAUCCUAGUGCAAACAUUUUUGCAACUUACCGGUGAAAACUACUUUUUCUUCUACGGAACUACCAUCUUCAAAUCUGUCGGGCUUACUGACGGUUUUGAGACCUCAAUCGUUUUGGGUACCGUGAAUUUCUUCUCCACUAUCAUCGCUGUUAUGGUCGUCGACAAGAUCGGUCGUCGUAAAUGUCUAUUGUUCGGUGCAGCUGGAAUGAUGGCUUGUAUGGUUAUAUUUGCUAGUAUCGGGGUGAAAUGUCUUUACCCCCAUGGCCAGGAUGGUCCCUCUUCGAAAGGUGCAGGUAAUGCUAUGAUUGUGUUCACCUGCUUUUAUAUAUUCUGCUUCGCAACAACAUGGGCACCAGUCGCUUAUAUCGUGGUUGCUGAGUCGUUCCCUUCGAAGGUCAAGUCCAGAGCUAUGUCCAUUUCAACUGCAUUCAACUGGCUAUGGCAAUUCUUGAUCGGUUUCUUCACACCAUUCAUUACCGGCUCGAUCCAUUUCUACUAUGGUUAUGUGUUUGUUGGAUGUUUGGUUGCCAUGUUUUUGUACAUAUUCUUCUUUUUACCAGAAACAAUCGGUUUAUCUUUGGAAGAAAUCCAAUUACUGUACGAAGAAGGUGUGAAGCCAUGGAAAUCCACAUCUUGGGUUCCACCAUCAAGGAGAGGAGUCCAUUCAGAAGAGACUGAGACUCAGGAGAAAGAUUGGAAGAAAUUUUUGAAGUUUUCAAAGGCUUCUAAUUGA